AUGUCCUUGGCGUCAAAACUUCUCCGCGUGGCCCCACGCCGCGCCUCCCAGCUGAUCAUACCCAAUUGCUCCAUGUACGAGAACCCUUAUAUCAUCGAACACCAGAGGAAACGUCAAGUUUCGGAAGAUUAUCCCAAGAAGGUGAGUCCGCAAAGAGUCACGGAUUAUAGUCUGUUCUCUUAUCCUUUCUAUGUUUAUUUUCGAACUUUUAGAGCACUGGAUUGACUGGGCUUUGGGUGAAUGAACAGCCUCAUCGUACGUUGACGGUGAUCUACGGUAGAAUCCUCCGAACUCUGGAAAAUAUCCCAACCAACUCGCCUUACCGACAGAACACGGAAGCCCUGGUCAAACAUCGAUUGAAACUGGUGGAGGAAGUGGGUGUUUAGAGCAGUUUAGGCUGCAGUUUACAACAUGACACCUUGACUUUACUGUAUUAGUCAUGUCUUUUUUGUAGGAGCCAGAUGUUUUCAAAUUGGAGGAGAAAAUCGGCAUGGGACAGAUUGAGGAAGUCAUCCAGCAGGCCGAAUACGAGGUCCGCACCGCCCGCGCCAUCGUCGAGAGCAAGGCCUGGGAGCCUCUGGUGGAGCCGGCUUCUGAAGCCCAAUGGCGCUGGCCCAUUGCUUAA